AUGGCCUUGAAGGACGGCGGCGGCGGCGGCGGCGGCGGCGGCAGCACGGCCACUAUCCUGCCCAUUAGCGACAUGGUCUCUUCCUGCGCUUCGCCGGCUGUGGCGGCGGCGGGAGGCUGCGCUUUCCCCGAGGUGGUGGAGCUGAACGUGGGCGGGCAGGUGUACGUGACCAAGCACUCGACGCUGCUGAGUGUGCCGGACAGCACCUUGGCGCACAUGUUCUCGCCCCGCCGGAGCGCCCCGCGGGAGCUGCCCAGGGACAGCCGGGCGCGCUUUUUCAUCGACCGCGACGGCUUCCUCUUCAGGUACGUGCUGGAUUACCUGCGAGACAAGCAGCUGGCCCUGCCCGAGCACUUCCCGGAGAAGGAGCGCCUGCUGCGCGAGGCCGAGUACUUCCAGCUCUCCGAGCUGGUCAAGCUGCUCUCGCCCAAGGUCGCCAAGCAGAGCUCGCUCAACGACGAGGGCUGCCAGAGCGACCUGGAGGACGGCAACUCGCCGGGCAGCGGCGAGCUUCUCCUGCCCCACCAGCGCGCCGGCGAGAAGCGCGCCGGCUUCAUCACCGUCGGCUACCGGGGCUCCUACACAACGGUGCGGGAUAACCAAACCGACGCCAAGUUCCGCCGCGUGGCCCGCAUCAUGGUGUGCGGCCGGAUCGCCCUGGCCAAGGAGAUCUUCGGCGAGACGCUCAACGAGAGCCGCGACCCGGACCGGCCUCCCGAGAAAUACACGUCUCGCUUCUACCUGAAGUUCACUUACCUGGAGCAGGCCUUCGACCGCCUCUCCGAAGCCGGCUUUCACAUGGCGGCUUGCAACUCCACCGGCACCGCAGCCUUCAUUAACCAGUACAGGGAGGACAAGAUCUGGAGCAGCUACACGGAGUAUAUCUUCUACAGACCUCCACAGAGAACAGCGUCCCCUAAACACGAACCUGAAGAAACAAAGCAUGAAAAAGUUACAGACAAAGGAAGUGAGAGUGGAACUUCCUGCAAUGAGCUGUCCACCUCUAGUUGUGAUAGCCACUCUGAAGCCAGCACCCCCCAAGAAAAUGCUGCUAGUACUCAACAGUCUACAGGGCACCAGCCAAAUACUCUAACAUUGGAUCGACCAUCUAAGAAGGCGCCAGUGCAGUGGAUGCCACCACCAGACAAACGCAGAAACAGUGAACUUUUUCAGACUCUUAUUAGCAAGUCCAGAGAAACAAAUCUCUCCAAAAGGAAGGUGUGUGAGAAGCUAAGUGUUGAAGAAGAGAUGAAAAAAUGUAUUCAGGAUUUUAAAAAAAUCCAUAUUCCAGAUUAUUUUCCUGAACGGAAACGCCCAUGGCAGUCUGAACUGUUACAAAAAUAUGGGCUAUAGUUUUUCGAAAUUUCAUGACAUGUCAGUGGUGCAUUAGAUGUUUAUUAUGUUGCCAGUUUCUACUGACGUACUUCUUUCUGGUCUACUCGUCGGAUUCCUGCUGCUUAUUUCUUUCUGUGAAUUGGAUGUUGGAUAGGACAUGGGUUGACCUUUUUUCUUUUUUUAAAGGAAAUAAU